CCUCUGCAGGGGCCCAGGGUCUCCCAGCCCCUUUGCCCCUCCUCAAAUUUCAGCAUGGCAGUUUCGCUGGAGUCCUUUAGGCCCCUCCCCAAAAGGUUGGCAGGUGAGGGUGGGCAGACAGCAGCUGCUGAGCCUGCACACAUGGAAGUCAUUUUCAGGCUUCCUUCCCCCCAACCUUGUCCCUCCCUUCCCAGGAUUAUCUGGGCCACCCCCACCCCACCAGGCAGACAUGGGGCCAGAGUUUGUGGGGCCUGAAGCUUUUCAGGGACCUCUUUUAAAAAAACACCAAAAUAUCUUCCUUUUACAAAAUUUACCAGAACAUGUGACCCUUUGGACACAUUGCUGUGCCUGCAGGACCCUGCCAUUGAGGGACCUGAAACUUCAGUUCCAGUGGCUCAUGCAGAAUCCACUUCUGGCCAGGGGGCAGUGGUCACUCUCCUGGUGGCCCCUAGACGCAAGCCCACCCCAUUUUGCUUCUCCAGUUUGCUGUGCGAAGCUCCUCCCAGCACGUGCCUCUUAUACACUUCCAGAAUAACCAUGCCCCCAUCGGUCUUGAAGCUAGACACGGGGCUGGUGGCCUUGGAGGCUGAAGGCCAGGAGCUCCUGCUGGAGCUGGAGAAGAACCACAGGCUGCUGGCCCCAGGAUACACAGAAACCCACUACAGCCCAGAUGGGCAGCCAGUGGUGCUGGUCCCCAACCACACGGAUCAUUGCCAUUACCAUGGGCGCGUGAGGGGGUUCCCUGACUCCUGGGUAGUCCUCAGCACCUGCUCUGGGAUGAGGGGCCUGAUCUCACUCAGCAGCAAUUCCAGCUACUACGUGCAUCCCGGGCCGGCUGGGGACUCCAAGGACUUCUCAACCCACAAGAUCUUCCAGAUGGAGCAGCUGCUCAGCUGGAAAGGGGCCUGUGGCCAUAGGGACCCCGAGGACAAAGGGGGCAUGGCCAGCCUUUCUCAUGCCACCCAGAUCAGGGAGAGGCGGGAGGCCCACAGGAGCUGGAGGUACCUGGAGCUGUACUUGGUGGCUGACCACACCCUGUUCUUGACUCAGCGCCGGAACUUGAACCACACCAAACAGCGUCUCCUGGAGGUGGCCAGCUAUGUGGACCAGAUUCUCAGGACUCUGGACAUUCAGGUGGCAGUGACCGGCCUGGAAGUGUGGACAGAGCAGGACCGGAGCCGUGUCACACUGGACGCGAAUGCCACCCUCUGGGCCUUCCUGCAGUGGCGCCGGGGGCUGUGGGUGCGGAGGCCACACGACUCGGCGCAGCUGCUCACGGGCCGCGCCUUCCGGGGCGCCACCGUGGGCUUGGCGCCCGUCGAGGGCAUGUGCAGCGCCGAGAGCUCUGGAGGCGUGAGCACGGUGAGCUCCGCCCCCGACAGGACGCGGAGGAGAGGUGCUGGGCUGGGGGCAUCCCCGCAGCCCGCAGUGACCGUCCCCACGCCCUCCCAGGACCACUCGGAGCUCCCCAUUGGCGCUGCAGCCACCAUGGCCCACGAGAUAGGUCACAGCCUUGGCCUCAGCCACGACCCCGACGGCUGCUGCGUGGAGGCUGCGGCCGAGCAAGGCGGCUGCGUGAUGGCAGCAGCCACUGGGCACCCGUUCCCGCGCGUGUUCAGCGCCUGCAGCCGCCGCCAGCUGCGGGCCUUCUUCCGCAAGGGGGGCGGGGCGUGCCUUGCCAAUGCGCCGGACUCUGGGCUCCUGUUGCCGCGCGCGAGGUGCGGGAACGGCUUCGUGGAGGAGGGCGAGGAGUGCGACUGCGGCGCUGGCCAGGAGUGCCCGGACUCCUGCUGCCUCGCCCACAACUGCUCGCUGCGUGCGGGGGCCCAGUGCACCCACGGGGACUGCUGCGCGCGCUGCCUGCUGAAGCCCGCGGGCACGCCAUGCCGCUGGGCUGCGGGCGACUGUGACCUCCCAGAGUUCUGCACGGGCGCCUCCCCAUACUGCCCCCCGGACAUUUACCUCCUGGACGGCUCGCCGUGUGCCAGCGGCCGGGGCUACUGUCGGGACGGCGCGUGUCCCACGCUUGAGCAGCAGUGCCAGCAGCUCUGGGGGCCUGGCUCCAGCCCAGCCCCUGAGGCCUGUUUCCAGCUUGUGAACUCCGCGGGAAAUGCCCACGGGAACUGCGGCCAGGACAGCGAGGGUGGCUUCGUGCCUUGUGCGCAGAGGGACGCGCAGUGUGGGAAGCUGCAGUGCCAGGGUGGGGAGCAGAGCCCACUCAGGCCACACACGGAGCCCGUGGACUCCAUCCUCCGCCUAGGCAGCCGCAAGGUGACCUGUAGGGGAGCCUUCCUGCUGCCCGGUGCCCAGCUGGACCUGCUUGACUUGGGCCUGGUAGAGCCAGGCACCCAGUGUGGACCUAGAAUGGUGUGCCAGGACAGGCGCUGCCAGAACAUCACCUUCCGGGAGCUGGAGCGCUGCGUGACUGCCUGCCAUGGCCAUGGGGUUUGCAAUAGUAACCAUAACUGCCACUGUGCUCCAGGCUGGGCUCCACCCUCCUGCGACAAGCCAGGGUUUGGCGGCAGUGUGGACAGCGGCCCUGUGCAGCCUGAAAACCGCGGUACCUUCCUGCUGGCGGUGAUCCUUAGUUUCCUGCUGCCUCUGCUCCUCGGGGCCGGCCUGGCCUGGUGCUGCUGCCGGCGGCCGGGAUCUUGGCUCUGGCAAUGCCUCUGGGGCUCAAGGAGGGCCCCCGCCUGCUGGGGGCCCAAAGAUGGCCCACGCAGGGAACACCCCCUGGGCAGCAUUCACCCCGUGCAGUUGGGUCCCACAGCCACUGGAGAGCCCUGGCCCCUGGGGACUCCUGCCAACUGUGUUCACAGCACCCAUCCGCCCAUUGCUCCACAGGCAUUGAGAACUCUGCCACAGCCCAACAGCCACCGUGAGAAGCCUGUGCCCUGUAGUCCUGCCUGCACCCCAAGCAGGUCAAGUCCGGAAGCCAAGAUCCUAUUGAGAGGGGGCUCCUGAGAUGAGGAGAUUUAAAGACAGAUGGCUGCUGACAGCUGCUCCAGGAACUUGGAUCCCCCAGGGGCAGAGCCAGCAAGUCAGCUGACCUCCUGCACCUUCAGGCAGCUUGCAAGUUUCUUCCCCAAGUCGAGCUCUGCCCUACCCUUUCCAGGACUCCAGAGCCUCAUCAGAAGUUGCCCAGUGCUGUCCCUGUUCCUUAGGGCUGGAGGAUUCUGCUAGGACACACACUCCAGCCCAAGAGUCCAUCGGUCCAAGGAGCAAAGGUCAUGCAGUCACUGACCUUCUGUCACCAGGGGAGGCUGGGUCAUGCUGGGCACCGGGAGAGGCCUCUGUCCGGGGAGCCUGGAUGUGUCUGCUCCAUGUGCUUCACCCAGACCCAGCUCUGCAGGGGCAAUGACUGCUGAGCCAGAAGCCUGGACUCCAGGGCCCCUACGUUUCAGACUGAGUCCACUUCCCUGGCCCCUGGCCUCUGCAAAACAAAUGAAAUCCUUGGGACCUUCCUUCCUCCCUCUUCUUGCCCUGUCUUGUCCCCUAGAUGCUUCCUCAGCCACCUCCCUCUCCCCCAUUCUUUGUCUUCCACUAGAGGUUUUGGAGUGUAGGGGUCUGCUGCAGCCCCCUCACUUUGGACAUUACUCAGCCUCUCCUGUAUUCUGUGUAAGGGGACAGAAGGAGCCAUUUUAAAAAGGACACCAAAGUAGAAGUCAGAAGAAAGACAUAUUGGCCCUGGGCCUCUGUGAGUCUUUCCUGUCUGUAAAGGCAACUCCAUGAGGCUCCCUGAGCGUCACGAGGGGCUUGUGGGUGGAGGCCCAGGGCCCCAGAUGUACCUGGGCAUAGGAUGGUGUUGCCUAUUGUGAAUGAUCCCUCUGCCCCACCUCUUCUGCCUCUGUGGGACGUUCUCAGAAGCCACUUAUUCUCCCCUCUUGUUUCAUGCAAGAGUUGCUGAGUGACCUUCUGUAUCAGCCAGCUGUUGCUGCAUAACAUAAGCACCCCAAAACUUAGUAGCUUAAAACAACUAAUUCUGUGAAUUGGCAAAUUAGGUUGCACUCAGCUGGUGGUUCAGCUGGUCUCGGCUAGGCUUACUUAUGUGUUUGCAGUCAACUGCCGGUCAGCUGGGCAGUUCUGUUUCUGGGGUUGGCUGGCUGUUGGCUAGGGUGAUGAGGAUGAAUGGGCUAUGUGUCUCUCAUCUUCCAGCAGGCUAGCCCAGGCUUGUUCACGUGACAGCUGAGGGUCCUAAGAGAGCAGGACCAGGAUUAGGGUGAGAUGAGUGAGGGACUUACCUUGGGCACAAAAAAGAUCAAGAUAAGUAAUAUUUUAAUGCAAUAUUUUAAAAUAUCAAAAUUAAUGCAAAAGAUCCACGAUGAACAAAAUAUCAAAAUUUUAACUGUAGACAGGAUCAGUAACCAUGCCAUGCCAAGCCAUCUUGGAACCGCACCUUAGUCCCAACCCUGAAAGUAAGUGGAAGCUUGCAAGGUCUCUUGAAGAUUCCGUGACUGGCACAUUUUAUUUCUAUAACACUUUAUUGGCCCAAGUAAGUCACAGGGCCAGCCCAGGUUCCAGAGAUUGGGAGAAAAACUCUACCUUUUGAUAGCAAGAGCAGCAGAAUCAAAUUUCAGGGAGUGUGAAGAACUGGGGAAUUUUUGCAGUCGCCCACUCUUUCCGCUGGAGCAAAGAAGACGCAGCCCGGGCUCAGGCUUGCUUUCAUUCCACCAGCCGGAGAGAUUAAAUGAGACUCUUUUCUAAAGCUCCCUUCUGCCCUAAUUGUACCCCUGAGACUUUGAUUUAUAAAGAUGACUGAGUGAUGACAUGAAGAGGUUAAUGCCACUGAAAGAAGUUUUUGUUACUUACAGUUCCUGAGAGAAGGGGGGCAUGCCAUGCCAAGCGGGGCCACAUGGGGAUGCACUAGGUUUAGUGAGGAGGCAGAUGCAGGCGCGAGGGGAGCGCCUGUAUUGCAGUUUCCACAGGAAAGGCAAGGCAGGGCAGGAUAAACAGCUCAGGACUGGCUAAUCUGAAUAAUUCUGGCUGGCACUGGGGUACAGGGGUGGUCUCUAGUUAUCUGGUACCUGGUCCUGAGUUAGGGCGGGGGAAAUAGUGGCUUGGUGCCUGAGAAUUAGAAAAAAGGAGGUGGUUGGGGGUAUGGACUCGAGAUAGGUUGGUUUGCAUACGAAAGGCAUGUUCACAGGCCAGUUUUUAUCACCUCUAGGAAUUAGCUAGUCCUGGGAGGGUCAGUCUCUCCCCGAGCCAGCAAGCCCUCCCACCCCCCACCAAGAUGUCAAACCAUCAUGAAAUGCAGACAAUAAAGAACAUGAUUAAUACA